AUCCAAAUAAUAUUAAAUCAUCUUUAACAAAUCCAACCCAAUCUAAACUUUUAUAUAUUUACCAAAAUAUAACUAACAAUUCAGAAAACUUUGGUACUUCAAAUAACAAUGUUCAAUCAUUAAAACAUAUGAGAUCUGAUGAAUUGAAUGAAACUG